UUCAUGUUUUGGAAAGGAAAUUGAACAGUUUUCUAAAGUUUGCAAACAGUUUUCCCUCCGGCAGUGGACUGUUUCGGACGAGCAUUUAAACGCAUUGUUUUGGAGAAUCCAAUUGAAAAAUCCAUUGUUGUUUCAAAGUUUUUAAUCCGGAGAUUUUAAAAACAUCACAUGCUCGGUCGGGGGAUCGGGUGCUUGUGCACAACACGCAAAUAACACGCACAUUCUUUCAAUCCCAGGUUUCUUACUUUUUCCUAUUCACAAUUGUUUCAACUCUUUUACAGAUACAGUAUAUGGCAGAUUGAAGAGGUUGCGAAAGAUAACGCGUGUACGAGGAUAAAGGAGAUUCCGACCGGGACAUUUUUCUCCAAAGAUAGGGGCGCCCAUGUCAGUCUGUGAUUUAUAGCCCAAAUAUGAGGUACGUUUAUAGCCAGCGGUCUUUGAUGGUCCUGUCUUCAUUAGGGAUCCUAUCUGGGAUUAUGUCUCUGCUAUCGGUCAUUUUGAUUUUCCAGAUACAAUCACAACAGAUUGCUGUGAAGGAAUCACCCCCCAACAUCUCCAUCGUGCCAACUAAUGUUUGGGCAGUGCUUAUGCCUGUGUCUAUAGUGCUCUCUGCUCUCUCCCUCACGCUCAAUUUGAGCUCUGUCAUGGUCUGCCUUCUGCACAGCUACUUUACAACCGAGAUAUGCAGAGGAGAAGAUACAGAAAGAGCAGACUGGUUCCUAUUCCAUAGCCAAACUGUCCGACAUGUGGCCAUUGGAUUAUUUUGCCUUGGGGUUUCAGUAUACUUAGCAGCUAUGUCCAUCUACAUGCUGCUGGUGUUUGAGGUAGAGACCGGCAUCGCCAGCGCAUGCGUACUGGCCUCAGGAAUCCUGAUUCUGCUGGUGAUCGUGAUUCACUCACUGGUCAAAGCCGCCCGCACCGCCCAACACUACCAUGGUGGGGAGCACACUGACACCGUGUACCAGAACCAGCAUGGAGAGUGCACCCCUGCCGUCCGCCACGGCGAGCUCCAAGAAGAGGACAAACCCAGGAGGCAUCGCAACAACUCCCAUCUCCACCGACAGUUGUCCUACCCUCCCUGUACUGACCCAAAGCAGCAUCACCAGCAUCACUCCCCAUCCCACGGCCCACAGAGUCACGGCAGUGACAAGGAGGGCUACAGUAGUGGUGGCAGUGGGGGUGGCUCGAGAAUGCACAGGACCCUGUCGACAGAGUCGGGGUCCCUGCAGUCUCCGUCUAAGCCAUGGAAUGGCAUUAACAAUGAGAUGAGAAGCGUGCUGGCCCGCAAGUCAGGGGCCUCCAGUAAAGACUCUACUCUAGUGUGAGAUGCACUGCACAAGUCAUCGCAGUUAGCACAAGACUAGUUCAUUCCGCCCAUACGAUCUACCGUUCUGAAGAAUACGGAUAGAAUAUGGAUAGAAAAUAGCUGAAGCUAUAUAAAAGCUCUGAGCUAUCCCACAUUUCAAUACAGUGGAAUUGUCAUUUUAAUACACCUUUCUUAACAUCCCUAUUGACUUUUUACACACUAACCAUGCUUGAUUCCAUCACUAUUAAGCCCUCUGUAGAAUGUUUACUUACUGGUAUUCCACUGGAAAAUGUUAGUGACUAACUAGCUACAGCUAAUGCUUUUGUUGCGAUGUGAUUAUACGAUUUAAAGAUUUGCUAAUAAAUGCUUUCAUUUUCAAGUGUUUGGUAAAGACCAAGAAUGAUCCAGGAAAUAUAUCGCCAAAACUGUGUAUUGCACAAUGUAUAGAGAAAUUCUGUAUGAGGUUGGAAUAAUGCUAUGACAUUUAGAAAAUUAUUACAAUGCCCUUUUAGUGUAAAAGCUCUUUGAAAAGAUCGCCUGAAAUUUCAGCCUGUUUUGGUCCAUAAGUAUUUAACCGGUUGGUUAUGGCAAUCCUAAAUAAGUUCAGGAGUAAACAUUUACUGAA